AUGCAAAGAGCGGUACUCCGAUGUCCUACAUUGGCAAGACGUACUUUCACGACUAAAUCUAAGCUACUGAAUUAUGCAAACCUCAAACUAACAUUCUUCCAUAAGCCGAACUGUGGGUUAUGUGAUGUAGCAAAAGAAGUUAUCGAUGACGUACUGAGUAGUACGGAGUUCAAAAAUGAAAAAAUAGUUGUCUUUGGUGUCAAUAUCAAUGAUGCAAAAAACAAUAAGUGGUGGAAGAUGUACUGCUUUGACAUUCCCGUUUUGCAUCUGGAAGACACAACAAAUGCAAAACCUUUAGUUGUAAUCGAACAUUUUUUCAGAGAAGACGAUCUAGCUGAAAAGAUAAGAUUAUUCAAAUGA